AUGCAGGAAUUUUCGGUCUCAGAUCGACGUAUUCCUAUUCCUGAUCUCGAUGACUUUGAUAAUAACGAACUACACUCACUUUAUGGUGUACAUGACAAUGCACAAACUAUCAUCCAAAUGUCAGAAAGAGGUGAUUUCGUCACUAUCUCACCACAGUUCCUGAAUAAAUGGAUAUCUGGAGACGUUACAAUGCCAUAUGACCAGCUCGUAAUCAUUGACGCUAGAUUUGAUUAUGAAUUCCAAGGAGGUCAUAUCUCCGGGGCAAUCAACGUGAAUAACUCCAAAAUGAUGAUGCACAUAUUUAAAAGAUUUGAAGGUAAGAACGCUGCAUUUGUCUUUCAUUGCGAAUUCUCACAUGACAGAGCUCCGAACUUAAUGAACAAAUUUCGGAUAUACGACCGUAGCCAGCACAUCUACCCCAAUUUAACACAUAAGCAUCUAUUCCUACUUUCAGGCGGCUAUUCCAAAUUUUUCGAACUAUACAAAGAUAAGACCACAGGAUCGUAUUUACCAAUGCGUGAUGAAAAUCACGUGGCAAAUGGCGAUCUAAAACGAUCUUACUCAAAAUAUAAUUCAGACAAUACAGAACAAAGAAGAAAUCUUAUACAUCGCUUUCAUUCUACUGAUUCUAUUGGAAUUUCUAGCUUUACUGCCAGAAAUUCCAGUUCACCGAUCCUUUUCAGCGAUACAAAGUAUCCAGCAUCUCAAGAUUUGAGUUUAGUUUUAUAA